UCAUUCAUUUACCAUAUAGUCCCUACCACUCCAUUCAAAUUUCCCAACCCACUGAACCCCAACCGCCACCGUUCUCGCAAAUCCAUAGGGGUAAAACCGACUUACUGUUGUAACCCACGUUGUCCGAUGAUUAAGUUAAUAGUUUCGGUUCUACAUAUUCAAAUUUCGGAUCGUUACAAAACGAAGUGCGGUUUUAUCUUCUCUGUUGCUGGAAAACUUGCUGCGCGCAUUUCCAGAUUAGGGUUUUUGUUUUAGCCAGUCAAAUCAGACAAAAUACGCAUACAUUUAGACAUCGAUAGAUGCUUCUAUGGUGUUGAGUUGUGGUGCAUUCACGGGUAGCUAUUGAAAGAGAGGUUUCAGAGAUGGAAUUGGAUAUGGAAAUGGAUGUAGAUGAUGCGGAUGCGGAGUUGGUGUUCGAGGCGCGAGAAAUUGAUCUUGAUUACGAGUUUGAUGCUGCAAUGUUCUUUGAUUUAACUCGUGAGGAGUCGCAUGCGGAGGCGCGUGAGGCGGAGCGGUGGUUCGAGAGGGCGCAGAGUUAUCCUCCGUCUCCUUUUGUGGCAAAGUUGGUGUUGAGAGAGGGCAGUUUGCUGGAGGACGUUGCUACCUCUCCGAACUCUAGAGAUGUGGACGAUACGGCCACUUUCCGAAGUGAUGACUGCAGUGUUGGUCUGGGCCCAGAAGCUCCCGCAGUAGAGGUGGAUAACAAAGAACAUGAAGAAAGGUAUAGGGGGAUCUUCACCAACUUGCAAAGUGGCAAUCUGCAAAAACUUUCACAUAGACAACUGGAAUUGGGGACAGGAUUGUCUUAUUACAAUCAUGCAUCUUCUGAUACAUCAAGAAUAAAGGUGAAGUCUACUUUUAAGCCAAAUCUUCCUAGGACUUCAACUUUGAUGAAACCUACAGCAAGCAUUUUGGCAAAGCAAAAUCAGCCCCCUCAAGCUGAUGGUUCCAGAUUUCAGUUGCUGCCUGCUCAAAAGGAGAAAAGCAUAUAUAAAUCUUCUGCUGUGGAAAGUCAAGCUGCAAAGAGGCAGAAGCUAGAGGGAGGUCGUUCUCAAAAGGUUGGUGAUGCAAAGCAGCAAACCUCGUUCGUCCACAAGGCACCUAAAAAGGAUGGAACUGUUGACAAAGGCUCUGCUAAUCCAAAGCUCAGACUUACUAUUCCAAGAGAGCCUGACCUCGAAACAGCACAUAGGGCACAAAGGAUUAGGCCUAAAAAUAGCACAGAAGUUGAAACUGUUGAGGUGGCUUCACGAAGAUUCAGAGCACGUCCAUUGAACAGAAAAAUUCUUGAGGCUCCUUCAUUACCUCUCCCAAAGAAGAGCACUCCAAAGUUGCCAGAGUUUCAAGAAUUUCGCCUGAAGACAUUAGAGAGGGCAAUGCAACAUAUAUCUACAGUUUCAUCAUCAUUGCUUCAGCGCAGUGAUCCUGAAAAGGGAUUGGACAAACCUGGUACAAUAUCUGUUGCAGAAAAUGGAAAAAGAGAAUCCAGAAGACCAAGCGCCAUGGAUUCUCAAGAGCUGGAUGAAAGUAGUACAGCACAUGUAUUCAAAGCCCGUCCUCUGGACAAGAAGAUAUUCACAAGCAAAGGAGAUAUUGGUGUUUUUCGAAAUAGCAAGCGAGAAGCCACAGUGCCAAUGGAAUUUAAUUUCCAUACAGAAAAGAGGAUUCAGCAUAAUCCACCUAUAGAUCUUUUUAGCAAGCUAUCUCUGACAUCUGAGCUCCAGCCAAAUAAUGGAUCUCAACUGCAGUUGCCUCGACCCAGCUGUAUAUCCUUGAAGGGCUCAAAAGAAAAUAGACUGAAUCCUUUGCAAACAGAACAUAAGAUGGCACAUUUGGCGAUAGGGAAGCCACCUAUUUUUGGUGGAAAGCAAGCUCAAUGCAAUGAAGUUGGAAACCAAUUGAGUGUUAGGAGCUUGGGUGUUCGGUAAUAGAGACAUCAAAUGGUCUUCUGCCCAUCAUUAUCUGAGUUUCUGCUGUUAAAUACGAGUUUCGUGGAUGUAUACUUGAACACUGCAAAACUGUUGAAAAAGAUAUCUACCUUUUUGUUGUAUACAGAAUCGAUGAGAAUUCACAUCGGUUAUAAGGAAUUGCGUAGUUAUGAAGAAACUGAUGUCACAUAGUUAUGUUAGGCUAACUUCAUUCUCCAACAAUUUGUAGUUCAAUCUCGAUUCAAUAAAAUUGGUUGCAGGCCGUUGUUGUACAGCCAUCAGGGCCUGCUCAACCUUACAGCAACUUAAGGUUUUCUGUAGCUUGAAUAUUGUCUAUUAAUAAAAAAAUACGCAAACAGAGUUGUAUUUUAA